AACAUGGCGACAUGCUGGUGAAGUGAAACUUUCGUAGCGUGAGUCGUAUCAUCCGUACGUCGCGUUUAGCUUCUCACGUCUGGAGCAAGUUCUCGCGCGCAAGAAAAACAGGAGAGCGCGAAUACGAGGCACGUUCGCGUCGAGGAACGUCUUCUCCAUGAAGAUCAAUGCAUCCGCGAUCGUUCGCCGAGUGACGGGACGGCGCGUGUUGCACGGCAUCGUCCUCACCUGGCGAAGAUUAUCGAGUGCAACCUCCCUACUGAGGGGUUUUCAUCCCGCCGGCUUGUCGCAAGUAGAUAGUCAAAAAUUGGAGUAGAGAGAGAAAGAGCGAGAGAGAGAGAGAGAGAGAGUGAGGAUCUAAACAGGCUGAGGCUGAAAUUAACGAUUGCGAAUCUUAGCGAGUCUUGUUCUCCCUAAUUAGUUCUGUAGCUUUUCUUAGCCGACGAUGAGCGACAAUAAGCAGGUAGGUGAAAAACCCAGUAGCGAGGUUGCUAAUCGAUUUGGAAGCUGUAGGGAUCUGAGCGACAUUGUGCCGUUGUAUCCACCGCGCUUACUUUAUCUGAAACCGCUUGCCAAAGUUAACGUGUCGGUCAGUCUGCCCCAACUGAAGACUCCAGGCAAAACAAUAUCAACAUGGGAUGUAAUGGAGAAGAUACGUGCACUCAUCCUGCCAGACGAAUUUGCGUCUCUCAAAGUGGCCAAGAGCAGCUUGGAGUUUAUCCGGCUGGAAGGCGACCUGCGGGACCGUUGCAGGUUGCCAAAGGUGUUGGCCAGGUUGGAUUCGCAGCGCUUGAAUUUGUCCGGCUUCCCCACCGUUCUCAAGGUCCGCGCGGCCGAGGCCAAGGACGACUUCCCUACCAGACACAGCUGGGAUUCUUACUUCAGGGACGCAAAACAUAUGAACGAGUUGAAGCCUGGCGAGAGGCCGGAUACUAUCCACAUUACCGGUCUGCCGGUUAAAUGGUUCAUCGAAGAUGAUGCGAGCGUUCCAAGUGAAUCGCUCAUUUGUAAGAUUUUCAAGAAAUGGGGUCCAGUGAGAAAGAUAGAUGUGCCUGUCGCAGACCCCUACAGGUCCAGGAUGCGGCUCGGCUCUAACAUACACAAAUUCAGUUACGAAGAUGGUAUUUUUUUCGAUGCGUUCAUACAGUACAACGAAUACAUGGAUUUUGUUAGAGCGAUGGAUGCCCUGCGUGGCAUGAAGCUGUUGAAGAAGGAUGAUCAGAAUUCGCUAACUGCAACAAUAAAGGUUGAUUUUGACAAGACCAAGCAUAUGAGUGACAAUUCGAUAUCACAUCGAGAAUUUGAGAGAAAACGUUUGAUAGCGCAGGAUAAUUUGGCGGUCGAGAAACUUCGAAGGAAAGAAGAGGCAGAAAAGAAGAGGCGAGAGGAACAAAAAAAAAAAGAAGAGGCAGAUUCGAUAGAAAAAGUAAGCCGGCAGCGAAAGCGAGAAGAAAAACGAAAACGGAAGGUACUCACGACAUAUCGUAAACAAGAAGAGGACAAGGUAUCAAUGAAGAUUGCUAGGGAAGAAAAAAAGUUGAUAAAAGCUCAACGACAGUUGGAAAGCAUAAGAUUAUUAGAUGAACUGUUUGACAGGAUAAAGAUAAAAGUAGAAAAUAAUGAGAUUAAGUUGAAUCAAAGUAUAAGUGCUGAAACAAAGAAAGAUGAAAAGAAAAACGAUCAAGUGAACGAAAGUGUUAAUAAACUAGAUUCGGAAAACGACAAGAAAAUUAAAGAGAAACAGACCAAGAAGAAGAAAGCGAAGAAAGAAAAGAAGAAAAAAAAAAAGCGAAAGAAAUCGCAGAAAAAACGGAAAAGAAACGAUGGUUCCGAUUCGGAUAGCACGGAAGAGGAGACAAAUGAAGAAACGAAUAAGAAGAAACUCAAGAGUGUCUUGAUAAAGAACGAUCACGCACCUUCAUCUACAGGUGCCAUUGUUCCAACUGGAAAUCUUCCUUAUGCACACUCGUACUCUGAUUCGAGGAUGCCGAUGUUACCGCCAAUCGCGACCGGGCCAUUUCACGCACUAAGAAUAUCAUUGCCAAGGUAUCCGGGAGCACAAAUGUUGAGGCCACCAAUGCCAGGCUAUCCAUUAAUCCAUCAUCAUCCCAUGUUACCUAUGGGAAGGGGUCGAAGAUAUAAUCCUCGAUUCGAGAUGAAUUCUUAUGCACUGACCAAUCCUUAUUUAUACAAUGGUGAAUAUUAUGAGUAUUUUACGCAUUUAGUGGAUCGAGAUUCACAGCGGCAGGAAUCGAGAAUACACGGACGUCGAAAAUCGAGAAGUAGAUCCAUCUCGAAGAGGAGAACCAAAUCGAGAUCCAAAACGAAAUCUAGAAGUGUUUCCAGGUCUCGCAGUGCAAGACGAAGCGAUUCACGCUCUAAAAGUAGAAGGUCAAAAUCGGGCUCUAGGUCGCGAUCACGCCGUUCCAAAUCGUCGCGAUCCAGGAGUCGUUCUAGAUCCCGCGGUCGUCGAAAAUCGACAAGUAGAUCCGUCUCUAGAAGAAGAACAAGAUCAAAUUCCAGAUCAAAGCGCAAGAGUGGUACUAGAUCGCGCAGUAGAUCAAAGUCGAGCUCCAGAAGACGAAGUCGCUCUAGAUCCAGACGAAGAUCGCGGUCUAGGAGUCGCUCCAAAUCCCGCAGCAGCCUCAGGACCCGUUAUAAGAAGAGACGUGGCAGAAGAUCCGCCUCCGUCGUUAAAGUCACGCGAGCCAAGUCACGAUCACCCAGACGAAAAUCACGUAGCAGUUCCUGGUCUAUGCCGAAAUCCCCCGAUCGGCGAAGUUGUUCUUGGUCAAGAACAGUUCCCGCAAAUAACAUUAAUGAGCAAAACGUAAGUGAGACAUCCAAUAAGGGCAUUCAAGAGAAAGCAACGAAGACGACGGAAGUACAAGAGGAAGCAAAGUAAUGAGUUAUUUAUAUAUUAUUUCUUUUUUUCUUAAAUGUAACAGAAAAUAACUUUUUUUUUAAUGCAAUGCUAUGUAUGAGAAAUUUAGCAAAAUUGAUAUCAGUUGCAGAUUCAUUUGCAAUAUGCGAGUGUCUAAAGAACAUAAAUAUAACUUUUUCCUUAUAUACAAACUGUAAAUGAUUCCAUUAUUAUAUAAUCUUUUGUGGAUUUUUUUAUCAUUAAGUUGAACUUCCAAGAAUUUAUUUGACUUAUUUGACUAGGAUAUUAGUUUCGCUUGUAAUUACAAGCUUAUUUUGUGAGAAAUAAAAUGAUCAUUAAUUAAUAUGUUUGUGACGAGUGUAGAAAGUACUUUUUAAGGGAAAAAUUAUUAAGAUUAUUAAACUUGUAUAUUAUUUUUUCUUCAGAAGAAAACUCAGUCUUCUUAAUUGAAUAACUGCUUUAUUUUAUCCUUAUUGUAAUGCGUUAAUUGUAAGGAUUGAGACAGGAAAUAAGAAAAAGAUUCAAAACGCAUCCUUCCGACUUGCAAAUUUAUUUGUUCUCGGCAUGAAAACGCGUUGGUUCAUAGACAUCGUAAUAGUUACAUAUGCGCGUUCCGUCCCAUUCGUUAAAUGGUGAUCGAUCAGCUUCGUUUUAAUUACACUAGUAGUUUUCAAAGAGUAUCUCGACCGGGCCCUACUUUUUUA